UUGACAUUGACACCUAAGGCAACACUAUUUUCAUGUCAUUAUUCUAUGGUUUCAUGAGUGAUAUCGAUUAGUUAAAAAUUGUUGUAGUGAUUAAAGAACAAGAACAGUGACCUGGUAUUUUUCUCAUUUUCCAAGUAUUUUCUUUUUAGCCACAAAGUCAUAUUGAGACCAGUCAGAAAAAUCACUUCAGCAAUCUCAAGUUUCUCAAUUACUCUGGUCUCAAAUACGUUGGACAAUAAUUUGAUUUGAGCCCUAUUUAGACUUGUUAUGAUGUUUUUGCAGUGAACGAACGUUAAUGACUCAGAACAAGUUAGUUGAGUCAGUUAUGGAUCUGCAUACCAAGCAGAGACAAUUUUCUGGUCAACUCUACAAGUAUACGAAUGUAAUGAAAGGCUGGCAGUACCGAUAUUUCUUAGUAGAUGCAAAUGCAGGUCUGCUGCAUUACUAUUUAUGCGAAGGGGAGAAGCCCGAUGGGACAGUGCCUAGGGGGUCGGUUCACCUUGCCGGGGCUGUUAUAUGUCCCAGCGACGAGGAUUCAAAGACGUUUACGGUGAAUUGUGCUUCGGGCGAUAUGUUGAAACUCCGCGCAGCUGAUGCCAGGGCUAGGCAGGAGUGGGUGAACGGACUGCGGGCUGUGGCAGAGUCUCAUACCAAGGCCAUAAGCGCCAACAGCCCCCCGCUACCCCCGAGGGAGCACCUGGCCGUCCUCGACGCGCUCGGCUGUGUCCGUUCUCAGCUGCAACAGACGGAACAGGCCGACUCGGCCCUGUGCCGAACGAUCGAAUCGGCGGGCAGCAAGUUCUUCGUCGACCCGAACCUGCUGCUGCUGAAGGCGACCUCCGCCGCUUCCCUGCACUGCCUCACGCAGUGCAUGAACAUCCUGCAGCGGAACCAGCACGCGCAACAGGCAAGAACAGGGAAAAAGUAUCAAAUGUUCUUGAAUUUCCCGGGUAAGAAAGUAAGGAAAAUGAAACUAAAAAAAUGGAAUAGUUUGUGAUUACCAAGACUGCAGGCUAGGAGCAGCUCUUUAGGUGAAUUUUAAGAAGAUUGUAGCUUAAUUUGCCUUAUUUAUUGUAAAUAUUUUGUAUAUAUGAUUUUAACUGUAGCACAUAACAUUAAUGGAAAUAUACUGACUGCGAUAA